AUGGGCGGAGACUGGGAGCUGCAGGAUACGGAUGCCUCUACUGUUGAUCCUUCCGACGACGAUGAUCUCGAGGCGACCUACAUUUCCCGACCCUCUGUGCCAAGUUCCUCUCGGGGCACAGAUCAUGUCGCGAGGAUCGAUCCAGAUACACCUCGUCCCGCGUCUAGAACCCCAAUCAAGCAGCCUUCAUCGCCGGCUGAAGUUGAUAGCACCUUGAUCAACAUCACCGAGUCGGACAGUGGUGAAGACUCAUUCAACGAUGGCGAAGCCACGUAUAAGCAGUUCAAGGAAAGGAAAUCGUUGAAACGGAAACGGAGCGCAGCAAACCUACGAAGGGAGAAGAAACCACGCGUGGCAAACCCAGAGUCCUUCGUUGGUCGAAGGCCCAAACGAGACGAGAAUACUCCACGAUCGAGACCAGUUCUGAGGAAAUUAGAGGAAGAAGCCUACUCUGACGAUGAGCUGAUGGAAUAUACUCUUCCUGAUUACUUACAGAAGCGCCGGGCACAUUUCGAUCGGCGGAUGGAGCAUCUCAAGCAAUCUGGUCUGAAACUGCCACCGGACUUCAACGAGGUGGAAUUCUCCGACGACGAACAACUUGAAUUUCUGAAAGAAAGACCUGCUUUUAGGAAUAUGAAACCUUGUGGAAAGUACGAAGAUAUCACUCUCCCAUACUCCCUCGGUUUAAUCCCAGCCCCGGUUGCGCAGUGGUUGCGCCAGUACCAGGUUGAUGGGGCUGCAUUUCUACAUGAACUCUUUGUCUAUCAAAAAGGAGGCAUUCUCGGGGAUGAUAUGGGCCUGGGAAAGACGGUGCAAGUAAUUGCAUUUCUUACCGCUGCUUAUGGAAAGACAGGGGACGAGAGAGACGCAAAGAGGAUGAGGAAAAUGAGACGAAGUGGGCAAGACCGGUGGUACCCGCGGACCUUGAUCGUGUGCCCGGGGACUCUGAUCCAGAAUUGGAAAUCGGAGUUCAACCGCUGGGGCUGGUGGCAUGUGGAUACAUACCAUGGCGACAACAAAGAGCUUGCCUUGCAAGCGGCGAGGUCCGGUCGCGUGGAAAUCCUGAUAACAACCUAUGGUACGUAUUUGCACAAUAAGGAUGCCGUGAACAUGGUCGACUGGGACUGUGUCGUUGCCGACGAGUGCCACAUCAUCAAGGAACGAAGCUCGGAGACGACUAAGGCCAUGAACAUGAUCAACGCACUUUGCAGAAUUGGAUUGACGGGCACUGCCAUUCAAAACAAGUAUGAGGAAUUGUGGACUCUUCUUAACUGGACCAAUCCUGGCAAGCUUGGCCCUGUCACGACCUGGCGACGAACUAUUUCUGAGCCUCUGAGAAUCGGACAGUCCCACGACGCUACGCUCUAUCAGCUAAGCAAAGCUCGCAAGACGGCCAAGAAACUCGUAGAGAACCUUUUACCUCAGUUCUUCCUCCGACGUAUGAAGACCCUCAUUGCGGAUCAGCUUCCUAAGAAGAGCGAUCGGGUCGUAUUCUGUCCGCUUACCGACACCCAGGCGAGUGCGUACGAGAAUAUCCUAGACAGCGAUAUCAUUCAGUACAUCAAAGCAUCUACCGACAAGUGCGAUUGUGGCUCGGGAAAGAAGGCUGGCUGGUGCUGUCGCAAGUUUCUUCCUUCAGGAGGCCAAUGGCAGAACUAUGUAUUCCCUGCCAUUGCCAUACUCCAGAAACUCAGCAAUCACCUUGCAGCUCUCAUAACGCAAGGGUCAGACUCUUAUGAGAAGCAGGAGAAGGAUAAAGAGAUGCUGGAGAUAGCAGUGCCAGAUCAAUGGGAGCAGCUCUAUCGAACACGGGAUUCCAUUGUGAAUUAUGCGAACCCCGAAUUCUGCGGCAAAUGGAAGGUUCUCCGCAAGCUACUCAAAUGGUGGCAUGCAAAUGGGGACAAAGUUCUAGUCUUCUCACACAGCGUCCGUCUACUCAAAAUGCUUCAGAUGCUGUUUCACUACACCAGCUAUAACGUCAGUUAUCUCGACGGCUCGAUGAGCUAUGAGGAGCGGACUAAAGUCGUUGACGAUUUCAAUUCCGAUCCCAAGCAGUUUGUCUUUCUCAUAUCGACUCGGUCUGGAGGAGUGGGAUUGAACAUCACAUCAGCUAACAAAGUCGUCGUCGUCGAUCCGAACUGGAAUCCCUCCCAUGACCUUCAGGCCCAGGAUCGAGCGUACCGUAUCGGCCAGUCACGGAACGUCGAAGUGUUCCGCCUAAUCUCAGCGGGGACGAUCGAGGAGAUCGUCUACGCCCGCCAGAUCUAUAAGCAACAGCAGGCCAAUAUCGGCUACAACGCCAGCUCCGAGCGAAGAUACUUCAAGGGCGUCCAGGAAAAGAAAGACCAAAAAGGCGAGAUUUUCGGACUCAACAAUCUCUUCGAGUUCCAGAACAACAACAUCGUCCUCAGAGACAUCGUGAACAAAACCAACGUCGCCGAGAGUCGGGCCGGCGUCCAGGUCAUGGACAUCGCCGUGGAUGAAAACGGCACAAGCACCACCAUGCCGGAGAAAACCAAAACCAAAGGCCAAGACGACGAAGUCAUGAGCCAGCUCGCAGCCAUGAUCCGCGGGGACACCGCCGACGCCGACAACGCUGACGACACCGCCUCCAAACCCGCCGCCACAAUGACACCUCAGAAACACGAUCCCAUCCAGGCCAUCCUCGCCGGUGCCGGGGUCGAAUACACACAUCUGAACAACGAAGUCAUCGGCUCCUCAAAGGUCGAAGAGCGCCUCAGCCGCCGCGCGGAACUCGCCGACGAGAAGCUGGGCGACGUGCAGGUCUUUGGAUCCUCGCAGGGUGGGACGGGCCCUCAGCGCGUCGCAGACCGGGACGGCCGGCCGGCCCGGUACAAGUUCCAUCCGCCGCGUAAUGUGAUGAAGCGGCAGUUCUGUAGCAUGGCGAAGCGGUUUGGGUUUGCGAAUGCGACCGAGUUUGCGCUCGUGGUGGAGGGGAUGACGCAGGCGCAGAGACGAGCGUGUCUGGAUCGUUGGUAUACGGAACGACGAGAGAUUCUUGGAAGGGGCACCUGA